AUGGGCCCCGCGGCGCUGCUGCUGCUCGGCCUGGCCGCGCUGCUCGCCUGGGGCUGGCGGCGGCGGCGGCGGCGGCGCGCGCGGGGGCUGCCGCCGGGGCCCGCGCCCUGGCCGGUGCUGGGCAACUUCGGCUUCGCGCUGCUGCCGCCCAGCCUGCGCCGGGGGAGCUGGCUGCACCGCCGCGCGGCCGGGGGCGCCGCCGCGCUGAGCCCGCCGCGCCUGCUGGCCGGCCUGGCGCGCGAGUACGGCCCCGUGUUCAGCUUCUCGCUCGGGCCGCACCUGGUCGUGGUCCUCAGCGACUUCCGCAGCGUGCGCCAGGCGCUCGUGCAGCAGGCCGCCGUCUUCAGCGACCGCCCGCGCGUGCCGCUCGUGUCCCUCGUCACCAAGGAGAAGGGGAUCGUAUUUGCACAUUAUGGUCCAGUCUGGAGACAGCAGAGGAAGUUCUCUCAUUCAACUCUUCGUCACUUUGGCUUGGGAAAGCUUAGCUUGGAGCCCAAGAUUAUUGAGGAGUUCAGCUAUGUGAAAGAGGAGAUGCAGAAGCAUGGAGAAGGCCCCUUCAGCCCCUUCCCCAUUGUCAGCAAGGCCGUCUCCAACAUCAUCUGCUCCUUGUGCUUCGGCCGGCGCUUUGAUUACAACAAUAGUGAGUUUAAGAAAAUGCUGGAUCUUAUGUCACGAGCAUUAGAAAUCUGUCUGAACACCCAGCUCCUCCUGGUCAACAUAUGCUCCUGGCUUUAUUACCUUCCCUUUGGACCGUUUAAGGAAUUAAGACAAAUUGAAAAGGAUAUAACCACUUUCCUUAAAAAAAUCAUCAAAGACCAUCGGGAGUCUCUGGAUGUAGAGAACCCUCAGGACUUCAUAGAUGUGUACCUUCUCCACAUGGAGGAGGAGAGGAAAAAUAACAGCGAGGGUAGUUUUAAUGAAGAUUACUUACUUUAUAUCAUCGGAGAUCUCUUCUUUGCUGGGACUGAUACCACAACUAACUCUUUGCUUUGGUGCCUUCUGUAUAUGUCACUGAACCCUGAUGUGCAAGAAAAGGUUCACGAGGAAAUUGAAAGGGUCAUUGGUCCUGACCGAGCACCGUCCCUCACUGACAAGGCCCAGAUGCCCUACACAGAAGCCACCAUCAUGGAGGUGCAGAGGCUGACUGCGGUGGUGCCGCUCUCCAUUCCUCAUAUGACCUCGGAGACAACAGUGCUCCAAGGGUAUACCAUUCCUAAAGGCACAGUGGUCCUACCUAACUUGUGGUCAGUACACAGAGACCCAGCCAUUUGGGAGAAACCCAAUGAGUUCUAUCCUAAUCGAUUUUUGGAUGAUCAAGGACAACUUAUUAAAAAAGAAGCCUUUAUUCCUUUUGGGAUAGGGAAGCGGGUGUGUAUGGGAGAGCAACUGGCCAAGAUGGAAUUAUUCCUCAUGUUUGUGAGCCUAAUCCAGAGUUUCAAGUUCGCUUUACCUAAGGAUUCUCAGAAGCCCAUCCUGACUGGAAGAUACGGUCUCACGUUAGCCCCACAUCCAUUUGAUAUAAUCAUUUCUAAGAGAUAAAGAACAUCUCCAAGAGAUGGUAAACAGAAGGUGAAUGCAUGUCCUUCUAAACAGCUUCUUCCUUCUGCAGUUGACAGCGGAUCCGGGUUAGGCUCAGAUUAGAGAGAGAUGGGAAAGAGGGUGGAGUGUGCGGGAGCUUUCAUCUUGGAGGAUUCCUCAGAGGAUGCCUCAGCCACCACAGCAUGUCUGUGACUUAGGGGGUGGGACCAGUGGGACCAAAGUACUGGACUGAGGAGCAGGGGAUCUGGAGUUUGUUCCCAGUGGCCUGCCCCAGUGGGCAUUUCUUCUCAUUUCAGUGCCUCAGUCAUUCCAUGUGUGAAACAAGGGUAACACACCUUGCCCUCUGUGUCUCAGCACUAAUGAAGUCCAAUGCCACACAUCCUUUCUGACUUCCCCGAAACACCGUCAAGUUCUGGAGAACAAAUUCAGGAGUAGAAGGAAGACCUAUCUGUUCAUACCCAUGACAGCAUGCAAGUGGUGUUCAGACUUGAAUGCGUGGUCAGAGAAGGAUGCGGUUUAGGUUAUACGGAGUUAGAGCUUUUCUUGGCACAGAUCCUAUGUCGGUUUGGGGGCUUGUUUUGUUAUUGUUAUCUGUUUGUUUAUGAUUUUCGUUUUUGCUUUUUGUAGACAUGGGAUGAAGUGAACCCUUGUUCAGUGUGUUGAGGAAAGAUUAUUGUCUGAAUUUACAUGUCCACCUUCCAUUUCAAAUACACAAACAGUGAGCCUGCUAAAGAAGUGGCUUCAGGGCACAAUUCCUUUCUGCCGAGUUUACUUGCAAAGAUGAAGCUCUGGCUUUCGACUUGAGCCCUGAAUAGUGAGCGUGGGAAUUUUGAUACUGGGAUUCAUCAGGAAAGGAUUCAGACUGUACUGAACCUUCCUUUCCCAUUCUGCCUGCCACCAGGCCCAAGGUAUCUCAUCCUUGAAUGCUCUCAAAGACAAGAAGGCAUUCUUAUUCUAAUUAAGAGAAUUGAAUUCCUUCUUAAUAAAGAAGGUCCCUCUAAAAGCGCAGUUCUCAAAAAGGUAAUGACUUCUUUCAGGGGGUGUUUGGAAAUGUCUGGGUGUGUUUUUGGUUAUCACAAUGAUGGGCGUGCUACUGGCCUUCUGCUGCCAUGAGGCCAGGUUGCUAAAUGUCUGAGCAGUCCUAUACCAUGAAGAAUUGUCCUGCCCUGAAAACUGAUGUUUCGCCCAAGGAGAACAUGGUCCAAAAAUGACCAGCCCUUCCUUUAUUGCCCCAACGUGCUCCUUAGAUGUGUAAUCAUGAUUGUCACACGAGCAACUUGACUUCUGAGCCUCGCCUCCUGCUGGCACCAGACUUAGCACUUUACUUGUAUGCUGACCUAGUUCUUAGAGAAGCUCUGUCCCGAGGAUGCCGUGUGGUAGCUGAGGAAGCUGAGGCUUAGAGGAGUGAAGCCACACAGUUGAAAGGUACCAUUGUUCGUUCACACCCACCCAUCUUUGUGCCUGGAGAGUUCUUUCUGGUCCAUUUCUCUGUACUGCCACCACUUGAUCCCACGGCAGUCUACCCUCUGCAUUUUCAGUAUAGAUAAAGGACAUACAAGCUAAUCUUCAGGUGCCUUGAGGAUUUCUGUUAAUUAAAAAAGAAAAACUAAUAAACGAAAUGCCUAAGCACCGUGAGUGAGUAGAGAGGUUGCUGUCUAGAUUUCGGAUGAGAUGAUGUGUGGAUCGCACUGCUCCUGGAGCAGGACAGUUUGUUCCUGAUCUGGAAUUUCAUAUGCUUUUGAAUUGCACUAAUAACUUUGCAUUAGCGAGUUUAUGACUCCUUCAUUUAUACAUGCAUUUUCAGCAUUACUACCAGUUUGUAGCCUACUUGAGAAGAAAACUGUUCCGUGAGAUUAUGUUGAAAUCAGAUGUUUAUUAAACUCUUAAACAAGCCUUAAACUGUAGCACCUUAAAAACAUCUUCAUAUGGUAAAUCACUGAAAGAGCUGUUAACGCAUUUGUCGCACAUGUUGCUAUUUUACGAUUUUGUACUUCAUGAUUUAUUUGAAAUGUAAAAAUAAUAGUACUUUGUUUUAGAAGUCUACCUAAUAUCUAAUUUUUAGUCUUCCUCAUUAGCAUAAUUUUUGAUGCUUUUAUUAAACUUUUUAUUUUAACUGA